AUGGCCGAGGACAACGACCCCGAGCUGAAGAUGGCGCUCGAGCUGAGCAAGCGUUCGUUUGCGGCGGAAGAGGCGAAGCGGAAAGGGAUGGACAAUUUGAUUUCGUUCGAUUGCCCCGAGGAAAAAGAGAGGGAGCAAAAGCUCGCCGUUUUGCAGCAAAUAAAUCGAAUGCACCAACCACCACCUCCUGCAAAUGCGAUUGGCUGGAACAUGAUGCACCAUAGUCAGAGUGCCGGGACGCUACCCCGUUUUCCACCACAACCACAAUUCGCUGGACCUUCAAAUUCUCCGCAAAUCCCGCCUCAUCGCCACACUACGGAACCGCGCAUGACGCUGGACAUGCCGAUACCUGUGAUGUCAACCCCUCCAAACUCCUACCAUAGCCACACCUUCCAGAAUUAUGGGUUUAAUACCCCGACGAUAAUGUAUCCGCAGUCGCCGUUGAUGGUGCAUCCAAUGCACCUUACAACUCCAUGCCGGCAGACCCCAAUUCCGCUCGGCAGAGUGGAUUUCAGCCCGCGGCCCGUGCAUUGGAAUCAGGACUUUUUGAGGAAUCGCGAGCAACCGACCACCAGCCAGCCGGGCUCCUCCAAGUCGGAGGAGACGACGCUGUCGGUGCCGAGCCCCAGGCAGAAUGAGGUCUACUUGGCCUAUGCGAGGAUAAAGUCGCCGAAGCGAGGAACCGAUGGAGAUUUGAUCGAUUUGUCGGACGGCAAGGAUUAUGAUAGGAUCCGCCGCGAUUUCGACGUGCUUUAUGAGCCGCCACCCGGGGACAUUGCCCCAUCCAUGCCGCCCGCCAUCCUCAGCAAGACCAACAGCCUGCACAAUGAUUACGUCACAACUCCUACGCGACGAUCGGAGGGUGCGGGUACCAGCAAAGAUGACUAUGAAGCGGUGACACCGAGGAGACCAGCCUCAGCCAUCUAUCCAGCCCUAAAAACCCAGACUCCCGAAAAGCUAUCGAUCGACAGGUUCCAGAUUAUUGAGAAGAAACCAGAUGUCGAGGCACAGCUCGAACGUCUCGUCAAAAGGUUCGGUCGCACCGCAGAUUGUUCCCAAUUUUUCUCGUCUGCUACGGUAGAAUACAUGACGACGAAUGUGAAGAGCGUGAAAGUGACGAUCGAGAAGGACCACACGUGGCCAACCGGUGGCUUGCGGAAAUUGACACAGACUGUGGAGACGGACAAGACGGUCGGGUUAUUCCUUGCCGAAACACUGGCCGCACUUCUGGAUGAGAGCCAGCUCGCUGAUGGAGUGCCAACGGAUGCAUAUGGAUUGAAGGAAUACGGGCUCGACGAAUUUCUCCCCGAGCAAGAGCUGAUCGGCCAGAAUAUUUUUGUCGGAAAGUGUCUGCUGAUGGACAAGGACGUCAAGUUGGAGAUUGGUCGAAAAAUCCCAGCCGAUCGUCUGCCAACCGAUGAGCGCCCGUAUACCUAUGCCGAUGUUCGGGCUAACAAGAUGAGUCUGGCAUCACCCACGAUUCUGGACAAAGAUGACGUGGAGCAGAAGCUGGCCCAGCUGAAGGACAACAUGGAGGAUUUUGACAGCAAGGCUGGAGACGUUCACCCGUUGUCAGUGGCAAACUCGGCAAACGGGGUCCGGAAACGUGUCGAGGAACUGUGCAAACUGUUGAGUCGAAUCGAGCCCGGUACGCUGCACAACACCCUGAGACGAUAUUUGACGGCCGAAAAGAACGACCGCGAAUCGGCUCGUCACGACUUCCUCCUUGCCAUCCACAGCUUCAUCCUGGCGUACUGCAGGAGUACGACGAGCAGCUACACGAUACGUCCAUUAAUAGAAAAGAAGAAGCCUCUAAAACGGGUGAUCGAAUGCGCGGAAAUCGUUCAAGUUCUUGUCCAAAGUGUGCACAAUCUGAAGAACGAAUGGCUGUCGGAAUAUCAGUCCUUCUUCAUGACGAUCAACCUGCAUCACGGCACUGACGAUUUGGGAGACUGGGCCUAUGGAUGGCUGCCAAACAUCUAUCCUCUCAUCGAGGGAUGGACGAUACUGUCACCAGUGGAGGCUAUUCAGCUUUUGCUACCGCAAUACCCCGACCGUGUCGUCCGUUCAAAAGCCGUCGAAUGGAUCAGGAGAGCAUCCAGCGAUUUCCUGUUCAAUUUCAUGCCCCAGCUCGUUGAAGUGCUGCGUUUUGAGCUGUAUGAGGACUCUUCACUUGCCGAGCUGCUGUUAGAACUCUCCUACAAAGAUCUACGCUUUGCAAAGGAAUCAGCCCUCCUGACCCACAGCAUCUACCUGCAGCACAAACUUCUGAACACCCUAGAUGACCUUCAACGAGAACUGAAGAUUACGACGGAUAGUGAAAAGCUCAACAUCCUCCGACAACGCCUCGGUUUCCUGGAUGGAGAUUUACUUGGCCGAAACGUGCGACUGCCGAUUUUGCCGUCUUUCAAAGCGACUGGGAUUGACGUUGCCAAGUGUGGGAUCUUUAACUCGAACGCCAAGCCAUUGCGCAUCGUUUUCCGGGGGUUGAAGAGCAAAUUUUCGGUGAUUCACAAAGACGGCGAUGACAUGCGACAAGACGCGCUUGUGAUCCAGCUAGUUCGGGUGAUGAACGACAUCUGGUUGUGCGAGGGACUGGACCUGCGGAUGAUCACUUUCCGUUGCGCUACGGUUGGAUAUAGGAAAGGCAUGGCCGAGCUCGUGUCCGACUGCCAAACCCUGUGCGACAUCCAAAAAGCCGAGGGCAUGGCCGGGGUGUUCAAGGACGAUGUGUUAUGCAAGUGGCUGGAGAAGUACAACUCGUCCGAGUAUAGCUAUAAAGUGGCGGAGGACAACUUCCGGCGCUCGUGCGCAGGGUGGUGCGUGGCGACGUUUGUGCUGGGGAUUGGCGAUCGUCACAACGACAACAUCCUAUUGACGUCGAUGGGCCACGUCUUCCACAUCGAUUUCGGGAAGUAUAUGGGCGAUUGGCAGAUGGCUGGACCGGUGAAGAGAGAUCGUGUCCCAUUCGUUUUCACCAAGGAGAUGUUCGCCGUCAUCAACCGGGGUGAGGUCCAGGGCGCCAACGAUGGCUACCAAUCGUUCAUCGAUUUCUGCUGCCAAGCCUUCAACCACCUGCGGAGUAAACACGCCCAUAUUUUGAGCUUGUUGAAAAUUAUGCAAUGCUCCGACAUCCCUGGCAUCAACGCGCAAUCUCUGCAUUUUGUGCAAAAGAACCUGAUGCUCGGUAUGAGCGACACCGACGCGACGGCUGAAUUUACGAAGAUGAUCACGAUCUCUCUCGGCUCAACGUUCGUCCGGCUGAACUUCUUCGCGCACACCUUCGCCCAAAUGCUGAGCGGACAAACUGUACGACCAAUUGACCAGCCAGAUACGCUGUCAUUUGUACCUCAUCGGCAUACGAUGGAAACCGACGGCCGAAUCCAGGACGUAAAGCUCCUAUACCCGGAAAAACGCAUGAUGCCCCAGAAAGUUUAUCUGUAUCGAAUGGUUGUCUACCGAGACCAGGAAACCAUUGCCACCACCGUAUACCGUUCGUUCGCCGAAUUCGAGGAGUUGGCUUUGAAGCUGAAGAUGCGGCACCAUUCCUCAGCUCCAAACUGGGUGAAGGAAAACGCACGGUCCAACAACCGGGAAGUUGCCUUGAAACGGCUUUCGGCCAUGAAGGACUACCUUCGAGUACUUCUUCACGGAGCGCCUUCAGCAGUACGAAACGACCCACUCGUCUACACGUUUUUCCAUAUCAUCCUCCGGGACAACACACUCCAAAAUGGACCUGAAGUCCUGGAGCCAGCAGCCGGCCGUCCCGUCCAAAUCCGGCUUCUGCUCUCCUGGCAAGCGACGACGAGCCAGUUGAAAGUUUUUGUCGGGCAUGUCAAGCAUCUACCAAUGUUGACGACCGGACAGGCCCCAGACUCCUACGUCAAAACCUAUCUUCGCCCGGAUCAGAAUUCCAAGAAAAAGACGAAAAUCGUAAGGUCUUCGUUGAACCCAACGUUUAAUGAAGAGUUGUGCUACGACAUUGGUGAAGUACGAGACGUAAAACGAUUCCUCGAUGGCCAUUCGCUAGACGUUUCAAUCUGGAGCGCCGGAGGGUUGAAGGACAACAACAAAAUGUUCCACACCCAAAUCCAGCUCCAUCGACUCUACAACAAAACUGCGGACCGGAAGGGGAAUUUAUCAUGGGACGACUGGCAUGAUUUGUCAAAGUUUGGGCUUCAUCUGCCGCAUUCC